GGGAUUCAUCUCCUUUCCAAUGAUUCAAUUAACUUACAGCGAGGGACUUAAAAAGGGCUAUAAGGAUCCGGAGUGCAUCCCACCGCUGUGCAAUUGAAGACAGACACUUCAAGAUUUUUUCGCGCAUAUACCAGAAUCCAACCUUCCGACUUCAUCUCUGGCUUUUCAGUACUCCAGAUUCAUCAUGGUGAAGAUUGCACUCAUCGGAGCCGCCGGCCAGAUCGGAACUCCUCUUAGUCUUCUAUGCAAAAUUAGUGACCUAUUCGACGAGAUCGCACUCUAUGAUCUGGUUCAUGUCCCUGGCAUUGCCACUGAUCUGAUGCACAUUGACACCAGGGCCAAUGUUCAUGGGUAUCUUGCCGAGGACUCUGGCCUCAAGAAGGCGCUGACGGGGGCGGAUGUUGUGGUCGUGACUGCUGGUAUUGCUCGAAAGCCGGGGAUGACAAGAGAUGAUCUAUUUAAGACUAACGCUAGCAUUAUCCGGGACAUUUUUUCCGAGGUGGCCGCCACAUGCCCUGUCGCGACAUGCUGUGUCGUCACCAACCCAGUCAACUCGACUCUUCCCAUUGCCGCUGAGGCGUUGAAGAGGGCGGGUUGUUUCGAGCCCAGCCGUCUCUUCGGUGUGACCACGUUGGACGUUGUCCGUGCGUCCACUUUUGCGGCGCAUGCCCUUGGCAACGGUGCCAACCCUAAGGACUUUAAGGUUCCGGUCAUUGGUGGUCACAGCGGAGCUACGAUCCUGCCUCUGUAUAGCCAAGCGCAGCCCCCAGUCCACUUGAACGAUGAGGCGCUGGCAGGCGUCAUCAACCGCGUGCAAUUUGGUGGCGAUGAAAUUGUCAAAAGCAAGCAAGGCGCCGGCAGCGCGACCACAUGCAUGGCCUAUGCCGGCUUCCGUUUCAUCCAGGCAAUUCUGAAAGCCAAGAAUGGCGAGUCGGUGACGGAAGAAGCCUACGUCUACUUGCCCGGUAUUCCUGGCGGCAAGGAGAUUGCUGCUGAGCUCGGCGUCGACUACUUCGCUGUCAAGGUCAAGCUUGGCAAGACGGGCGCAACCAAGGCACUUCCCAUCGGCAGUAUCUCUGACAAUGAAACCAAGCUCCUGGGCGUCGCCAUUGACGAGUUGAAGAAAAACAUUGCUACGGCUUUGACCUUUAUGGCAGCCUGA